GAGGGAGGGGAGGGGAAUCAAAGACAUGUGCCAUCCUGUGAAAAACCUCAUCUGUCUAACAGUCUGACACAUUUCACUUCUCUUCUGGCCCCCGCGAGAGGCUCCAGAAAAACGCAGAACAUCCUGAACGGGUGUUGGGGAGGCGAGCGCUUACACACGGGUUUUUCUCCUCCGGCGGCAUCUGAAGAUAUGCAGAGAGGCUGAGAGAGACUGACACAAUUUCAAGGAGUCGUUCAUACGGCUGAGCAAAAAAAAAAAAAAAGGAAGAAGAAGAAGCUCAGAGUGUCCUGUUCACUCCAGUGAAUAUGGGUAUCCUUUGGCAAGUGCAAAGUUUGGAUAAGCACGGCUUCCUGCCAGCAGUGGAGAUUAAAGUUGUGUGUUUAGAAGUGGAUGGCAGGGACUGGGCUGGGUGGAAGUUUUCCCCACAGGCAAGGGAACGUGGCAGCUAAGGUCAGGGGCCCGCCACAUCACAGCCCUAAAAAUAUCCUCCACAUUUGAUGCCCGUCACAGAGCGGUUAUACAAUCUGUGCCCUGACUUGAGCCUGCCAGAAUUAAACCUCGCCGUGUUCUGCCUUUAAGGGCUGCCUCCCAACAAGCUGCCAGAAACGAUGAAAACAAAACUUUCAGGAGCAGGAAGGCGACGGGCUUCGAUCCGUCGGUGAGCGGUGCUGGAGACGCGCGCGAGAAACAAAAACAAACAGAGCUGAGCUUCUUUUUUUUCACAGUUGCAGAGGAAAGCAAAGUGGAAGCAGGAAAGAAAGAAAAAAAAUAAGAAAAGAGCUAGUGCGGUAUUUCUUUUUCCCCCCUUAAGCUAAUAAAUCAUGUGUGAAGGGAAGCCACGGUGAGAAAAUGGCUUCUCACAAGUCAAAGACUGGCACCAAGAUAAAUGUUACAAAGGCGGCGGAGGAAUCCAGUCCGGGGGAUGAAUACGUCACACCUGGGGGCUAUGAGCUGGAGAAAAUCCUCAACCGAGGGAGUGUGGCUUAUACUCAUGUCAACGAGGUCUGGCCUAAUGUCUACAUCGGGGACGAGGAGACGGCAAAGGACAAGUGUAAUCUGAAGAGGUUGGGGAUUACACACGUCCUGAACGCAGCAGAGGGCACGUGGAACAACGUGGACACCGGGGCUGGUUACUAUGGUGACAUGGACAUCGUCUACUACGGGGUGGUGGCAGAAGACGUGGCGACCUUUAACCUCAGCCAGUAUUUCUUCUCCGCCUCGGAGUUCAUCAGAGAAACGCUGAGAAAUCCUCAGAAUAAACUGCUGGUGCACUGUGUGAUGGGGAGGAGUCGGUCCGCCACACUUUUCCUCGCCUACCUCAUGAUCUGCGAGAACAUGACGGUGGUCGACGCCAUCGAGCAUGUGAAGAAACGCAGGCGGAUCAUCCCCAACUGGGGCUUCCUGAAACAGCUCAGAGAGCUGGACAUGCACCUCCUGGAGAGCAGAGGGGAGCUUACAGAGCAGAGCUGAUUGUAGGACACGCGGGGCAAGCUGAGCCUCAGGCCAAGCCUCAGGUCACUGAAGUUGAAUGUCAAGUCAUUUGAGAAGUCCAAGAAAAGUCUGAAGUCAUUGGGGUGAAAUAAAAGCCUCUGGUCAUUCAAGACAAGCGCAAGACACGUUAAGUGUCAAGUUGAAGUCAAGUACAUCAGAGACAAUAUCGAGUCAAGUCUGAGUCAAACCCAAAGAAACUAUACAUGUAUAUAUAGAUGUUAGUCAAGCACCGGGAUCAGGACUACCAAGGGUCUCAAGUUAAGUCCAAGCCGAGUCUCAAGUAAUUUUAUGCCAAGUCCUAGUCAAAUUUCAAGUCAGUUUAGUCCAGUUUAGGUCUUCAGAUGACUUUUGGUAAGUCAUUAUCUAUCCCAGAGAACUCCAAAUCAAGUCAAAAGAAAUCAAAACAAGCCCCGGUCGAGUCUAAAGUGAAUUAACACAAGCUAAAGUCAAGGCUCAAGUCUUUCUAGGUGUGUAAGUAAGUCAAGAUGCAAGAGGUCUGUGAAUACUGUCCAUGGAUAUGACAUUUUUUAACAUUUUCCCUUUAAAGUUGUGUAGACAAUGUUUUUGUUGGUUUUUUGUUUUUUUUUUAAAUUGCCUCAAAAUUAAAUAUAAAAUGUGUAUGACCAUGUGAGGCCUGUUUGUUGUUGUACCAUUUGUUUAUUUUUUUCCUUUUUCUUCUUCAUUUUAACAUUUCUUGAGUUUAACCUGGUAAAAACCGAAGAAGACAACGUUUUGCUUUGAAGUUUCAUGUCCAGUUUGGCGAGGGUGAAAUCUCACAUAACUCAAGUCUAAGAGCAGUCGAGUCCAAGUCAAGAUUCUUUUUUGUUUUACCACUUAUUUUUUAUUUGUAAAAUACUUUUCUGCAGGAGAAAAUAACAGCUGCCUGGAUUACUACGGAUUCAAACUCCAUCAUUGCAAACUCAUACUGUGACUCGCCUCAGGCUAAUAAAAACGCUUCAAAAUUAAAAGGAGAACAAUCAAGUACAUGGUCAAUCAUAAUUUAUUCUUAUGCUAAAAUGUACAGCAUUUUAAGUAACUGACAAAAGGAGAAAAGUCAUAAAUACAAGAAUGUCAUUCUGUCCGAUUUUUGUGCACAUAGCCAGGUAUUUCCCCCCUGUUCUUACCAGCAACUCUGUACAGGUACAAAGGCUACAAAAGAGCAAUAUAAACAAAAACACAAGUACAAGUUGCGUUUUACAUGCAAUCCAUUAGCUUAGUUUGGUCUAUUCACAGGCUCUAUUCUUCUACACUUCGGUAAAAUAUAAAUCCAACAUUUUAUAAAGAUAGAAAACAAAUCUACAGAUGGAAUGAAAACGUAGCUUUAAAGGCAUUAUGUAAAAUAUCGACUUUGGACUAAAUUUAUAUUUUCUUUAUUGUUAUUCAUCGUUAUAAUCAUUUAGUUCUUUUUAAAUUCUGCCACACUUCUGGACAUUUUGAAAUGUUUUAGAAUUUUUCAGGGUACAAACACUGAGAUAUGCUUUGUUAUUUUUGACAGAAAUCAGUCUGCUUUAUUAAACAGAAAGCUGCCUCAAGGAGAUCUGUUACAAAAGACUUCAGAAUUAUACAUACAUAGCAAUAAAACCUCUCAAACCGAACAGAAAACAGGACUAAGUUUACAUUUUUUUACAUUAUUAGAAUUAACAAAAUAUAGUUUCAUCUUUCUCCCUGUGGAGGGAAA